UAUUAUAGUUUGUACAAACAAAACACAUUACACAUUUCAUUUUACAUACGUUUUCAUAGUCACUCAUUUGCAUGCAAGCUCCCUUUCAUCUGUGUUUCUCACAAGCUAGUUGUUUUGACAUGAGAGAAUCUCAGGAAGUGCAACUCUGCGUGGAGGAUUAUGCAGUGAAUGAAACAAAACCAGUGGAGAGUAAUGAUUUGCUCAACCAGAUUGAUCAACCAAUGAAUGGUUUUCUCAACCAUGCAGAUAAACCAAUGAAUGGUUUUCUCAACAACGCAGAUCAACCAAUAAUCAAACAUCAAAGAAGUUAUCGUCGUUGGUUCCUCAUAACUCUCUAUUCAGUAUUUGUCUUGUCCGGCCAGGCUGCUGCUACACUCCUGGGAAGGUUGUACUAUGACAAAGGCGGAAAUAGCAAAUGGAUGGGAUCACUUGUCCAGGUUGUUGGGUUCCCUAUUCUGCUGCCAUAUUACUGCAUCACAACACGAAAAACUCCCAGCAGAGACAGCAUUCUUCCAAACCCAUCUGCCUCAGCUUUAGCACUUGUCUAUGUCUCCCUUGGUCUACUUGUGGCAUUGACCAGUUACUUGGAGUCAUUGGGGCUAGCACACCUUCCUGCUUCCACUUUUGCACUCAUUACCUCAUCCCGGUUGGCUUUCAAUGCCUUUUUCUCUUUUUUCCUCAACUCAGUGAAGUUUACACCUUACCUUAUAAAUUCUCUAGUCCUUCUAACUCUCUCUCCCACCCUACUUGCCUUUCAACCUGAAAAUGAAAUUUCCAGUGGGAACUCUAAGCAUAAUUAUGUGCUAGGAUUCAUAGCUUCAGUGGCUGGAUCGGCUGCGUAUGGAUUGUUACUUUCCCUUACACAGCUUUCAUUUCUGAAGGUUUUGAAAAGAAAUACUAUCAGAGUUCUUAUGGAUGUGAUAGUAUACGAAUCCCUUGUGGCCACCAUUGUUACUCUUGUGGGACUAUUUGCUAGUGGAGAGGGAAAUAAGCUGCAUACAGAAAUAGAGGAGUAUGAGAUGGGGAAAGUAUCUUAUCUGCUAACUCUCAGUUUCUCAGCAAUAUGUUGGAAUUUCUUUAACAUUGGUUGUGUGGGGCUGAUUUUCGAGACGUCUUCCCUCUUAUCCAAUUCCAUAGUCGUUUUGGGUUUGCCUAUCAUUCCGAUUUUGGCAGUGUUCGUUUUUCAUGACAUAAUGCAUGGAAUAAAGGCCAUCUCUUUGGUGCUAGCUGUUUGGGGCUUUCUGUCAUACCUUUAUCAGUACUACCUGGAUGACAAGAGCUCCAAUACUGAUCAUAUUCUCAAUACUUCAACAUUAGAAGACAUUAAUGAUCAAUUUGGGAAGGCUUGAGUGAUUAUUGAAGCUGUAACCUGUCUCUGGUUCCAUACUUCUUAAAAUAUAUCUAGUUUAACAUUGAUGGAUAGGCAUAAAAAUGGGAGCUGUGUGUUAUUAGAAUA